GCCAAGUAAACAAAAUUCAGCGCCAAGGUCAUCGCACAAGUCCUUGGUAGAUUUUCAACCAAAAUUUUUGGAUUUUAAAGAUAUUGAGAAUGAAAGUCAACCACUGGCAAAAAGGAUUCUACUAUCAAUGCAAACUGAAGCGGGUAAAUCAAUGGUUCAAAAUAUGGUUGCAUCGGCCGCCAAAAAGGUAAACAGCAACAUUACCUCGCCUCCAAAGGAGAAAGAACCAGAAUUGCUGCAGUUCCCAUCGAGAACAAGCCUUGUGGCUCCAAAUUUUGAAAAACCGAAGCCGCUUGCUGCUGGAACUAAUUUAUGUGGAAAGACGACAAAUUCAACAAAUGUUUUACGAAAACGCGACUAUAAUCAGGCUUUCAAUCAAGUAAAGUUCUUUAAUGAUAAUGAGAAAAUGAAUGAGACUGUGAGUUAUUUAAAUAAUUGGCCCAUUCAUGACGACACAAAUAAAGAGAAUCAAGAAGGAAACAAUUAUGGAAAACCACCCGUAGAUUUCUUUAAUACUGAGUCAAAUUUUAAGCCAAAUGAUUCGAUUUCAAAACCUAACAUUUUUGAUGCUAGGCAAGAAAUUAAAAGAGAAAUUCUGCACAGAAGCGAGGACAACAGUAGUUGUUUAUAUGUCGACUAUAAUCCCAAUUCGGAUAAUCAAGGAGAACCAGAAAUUAGUUUUAAUUUUACAUUUGAUAAUCUGAAUAAUGAAAUAAAGUCGAUGCCAACAGUACAUAACAAUAUUAAUGGAAUUGUGAAUAUAAAUGAUGUGAAUAAUGUUUCCAUAAAUAUUGAUUUUUCGAAUCUUGUGCUGAAUACGCAAACAAAUGAAGUGGUGAAAGGUAAAAAAUGUGAUAUACCAUCCGAUCUUGAGAUAGAUGCUCGUCUACAAGCUGAAUUGGACUCAUUGCUACCGACGAUGACAUCUGAGGAAUCCGAAAUAGAUGCUCGCCUACAGGCCGAACUUGACUCUUUGCCCUUCAUCGAGGUGGAUAAUACAGAAGAUUAUAAGGAAUUGGAUGAUUUUAUGAAAUCGCUUUUCGUAUAUGAAGGCCGACCAGAGGUGGUGGAGGAGGUGCCCACAACUGCUAGUGCCAUUGAAGGUCCACAAACACAGAUACGUGUUCCCCUUGGUUCAGAUCCACAAAAUUGCGCACAAAUCUCAUAUGGGGCAGUGGAAAAUGAAGUGCCAGUGGAUGAAAUGCAAGUACCCCAUAAUGACGCUGAUUUGGAUAAUCCAAUAUUUUUUCCCUUAGAGGGUGCUCCGAACACAGAUUUUCUACAACCGAUAUGAUUGGUAUCAUCAAUUGCAUGGAAGAGGGAAAAAUGUAGAUAUUAUCCACUAAGAAGGAUAGUAAUAAUAUUUCAAAAUUCUUGAAUCGAAUUUUGGGAUGCCGUGUUGAGAUACAAAAUGCUUUCUUCAAGUUCUUUAUGGACAAUAUGUAUUCAGUGAUCUGAAAACUGAAGCGUUCUGGUCGCUUCGAUUUGGGUAUACUCGAUCUAGAUGCCCAUGGAGCCAGUGUUAAGCCCAUUAAGCUAAUCCGAUUUGUUCGAAAACAUUCGACAGGGACUGCAGCCACUGAAUUGCAUACAGUGUCUGUUUGAAGUGGCCCUAUCAAAUUUUACAGAUAUCGCAAGGAGGCUCUAUAUAAUUAUGAAGGUUUCUAUAUACUCCAACAGAAUAGACAGAAUAAGAACUCAGCCAUACUCUGUCUGCGUGAUGCAACAGAUUCAACGGAUGUAAAGUCAGCAAAUAAAAUAAAUUUGCAAAUAUAUCGUCCCAAUACCGGGCCACAGGUUCGCACUGAGACGGUCAAUUCAAUAACCAGCCGAUAUGUCAAAGUGCCACCCGAGGUUGCACGUUCAUUUUGGCAGCAUCAGUAUGACGUGUGUCUGACUAGAUGUUCGCAUGUCUUUUGGAAUAGAAUUUGCCCCAUUAAAGGUGGUUGUGAGGUGGGCUUACGUGUGCGCACCUAUCAUGUGCUAUCGGGCUUGAUGUUGCCCAUAUGGGAUCGCAUUGAGCAGAUCAUCGACAAGAAUGGACAUAAGAUACAAAUCCUUCGAGUUAAAACCGAUAAUAAUAAGAAAAUUGUUGGUACAGUUGUCCCCCAUGCUGUCUAUAAUGAACUUGUUAACAAUUUGGCCUCUGAUUCCAUAAUGGAAUUUCAAAAUAUACCCGGAAGAAAAGAAUAAAACCAAUUGGCAAUGAUGUAUCCCAUUUUAUUGUCAUUUUUGCAAAGUUUA